GCGGCGAUGGAGGGGGCAAGGGAGAUCGAGGCAAGGACAAGAAGCUCAACUUCAUCGUGAGCUCGGGUGCAAAUCAAUCGACAGCCUUCAUGAUGAGUCCACGAAGGAGGAUUAGCAUCUUCGCAGGAGUGAGGUGUCAGGAUUUUCAGGCUCUGGUGGACACCGCUGCAGAGGAUGCUGUGUGCGGCAGUGAGGCCUUUGCGAGCAUCUGCCAUGCGCCGGCAUUGGAGGAGAUUUGCAAGGUGGUGGACGUUCCGACCAAUGUGGCAGGUGUGAACGGCAUCAUUCGCUUCACGGUCAUCCAGGACUCGGAAGCCUUCCAAACUCCACCACUCUUGCCGGUCAGUUACCUGGAGGCGGUUCGGGCCAUAGUGAAUUUUGAUACUGGCAGGAUCCUUAUGCCCUACCUGCCCAGCACGAUUCCGAACCCCCAGGUUUGGCUGAGAGAUAAGAACAACCGCGUAGAGCGCGUCGCAGUGCUGCCGGGAUGGACCUAUGGAAUGCACCUCAGGCUCAUCGGGCUCUUCCUCAAGAUUGGCAUGGUCAGGCGCGCAUUUUGCAGCCUCAGCUUCACCGGCAUGCCCAAGUUCAGCAUCGACGCUUCAGCUCCAAGUGAGGCCCCAGCAGUUGAUGAACUGAGAUUUGCAUGCCUCGAACAUUGCGGCAAUCCUGGUGGAAUUGUGCACGUCGCCGUGGCAGCAACAUGCUCAAGUGGACACGGAGUCCCGCAAUUCGCUUUCCCCUUCUUUGGGCACUUCUCCAGAGCCAUGGACUUACGGCGGAAGAUCGACAAGAUGGCUUGCUUGGACAGCGACGGCGACCAGGAGAAGGUCAAGAAGAUGAGGACUACCAAGUGCGUCCAUGUGGAGGCAGUGGUGGACUACAUGGCGAAGAAAGCACAGCACAAUGCCGAGAACGAGGAGCACGUCAAGACCAAGAACAAGAGGAAUGCCAACAUCCAGGGAACGCCAGCAUCAUCAAAGGCACCGGAAGCUCCACAAGCUCAGAAACUGGUGGUCAAGAAGGGCGUGGAGUAUCCUCAGUUCCUACCAGCACCAAGGUCCCGUCCGGAGCAGGGGGAUUUGGAAGUGAUCAUCAAUCGCACAGGCAAGCCCGAGGUUGCGACCCACAAGAAGUACAACAAGCACGAGACGUCGACCGGGGACAACGUGAACCAGAAGGACGCGGCCGACCUGAAGACCUCCGGCCCGACCAAGGAUCCCAUGCAGGCCGACGCUCAGGUCGGGAAGGAGAAGGUCGACGAGGACAAGAAGACGAGGCGUCCAUCGGGCCUACGGACAGCCCGACGGUCCAAGACGCCCAACCGAGACAACAAGCCGGAACCGGAGCUGUACGAACUCAGCUCACACAGCAGCGAUGGGAUCGACGAGGACAUGACGGCGAAGAAGCUCUAUGCAAAGCUCUCCCGAUUGGGUUAUGCCAUGACCACGAUCAUGAUCUACCUAUCCACAACUUCGAGAACGUUGGAAAGCAUUCCUGGACACCUGAUCGGAAACGUGGUGCAGGUUUACGGCUGGCAAUCCGAGCAAGGAUUCUGGGACGACAUCGACCUGUACUCAGACAAUAAUGAGCGACAUCAAGAAGUCGACGAGUGGUGCUACGUGUUCCAACAGCCUGAGCACAUGCACUCGUGGAUGACCGAUCAGGAAGGAAGAGUAUGCAAUUUGGAACGCAAGGAGCAGAACUACCUGACUGCCUUUAUCAAUCAGAACACCAAUGUGGACGUCAUGGAGGUCUACAGCCCUCCGCGACUGGCCAAACGUGCGAGCAGGUUGGGACUUCGACCCGGGGCUUCGCUAGAUUUGGUCACCGGAUGGGAUUUCAAUCGUGCUGACCAUCGACAAGCAUCACUGGACCUCAUCAGACGACUGAGACCAGCUCUAGUAGUUCUCAGCCCACCUUGCACGGUGUUCAGCCAAUUGCGAGCCCUCACGAACUACAAGCGCAAUCAGAAAGAUGUUCGACGAGAAGAAGCAGAAGGACGAGCUCAUGUGGAACACGCAGUACGCAUUGCUUUGAUUCAGCUCUCCGGUGGCAGAGGCUUCGUGUUCGAGCAUCCCCUACUGGCGAAGUCUUGGACAACGACUUCUCUUGAGGAGCUGAAGCAACAUCCGGAAGUCAAGGCAGUGGCUCUGGAUAUGUGCCGCUUUGGGCUUCAGACUCCGGACUCAUCAAGGACAAGGAUGAUGCCCGCCAAGAAGCCUACACUCAUUCUCACGAACAUUCAGGAGAUUGCCGACGCCCUGAACCGGAGAUGUCAGGGUCAUCAUGCACAGCAUCAACCGUUGGUGGGAGAUCGACGAGCCAACAACGCAGCAGUAUAUCCACAACCGUUCGUGGACGAGAUUCUCAAGGCGCUAAGGAAGCACAUUAGAGCUUCUUAUUUUCCAGUGGUCGAGCUCAAGGACCGCUGGGAAUUUCGACACAACCAGUUGAUUUGCCGGCAUUUCCAACCGCGGCAAAACCUGUGCACUCUUGAAGAGUGUAAGGCAUUCGACUUCCCCGUGGAGAAGUUCACUGGGAAGAGGACAACGACCAAGACCUAUGAGGAUGGAAGCACGAAGCAGUCAGUGGAUGACUGGCGUUUCCACACAAAUACUACGACGAGUUCCUCCGCUCAACGGUGGACUGGGACUACGGCUUUCGACCUCAUCAGCGAGGUGAUGUUGCCCUCCGAUUACCAGAAUCGGGCAACAUGGAUAUCAGCAGCCGCUGCACACCCCAUUCAGAACUACGGUCUCGAGUUCUACCAGAAGAACUUGGACGAGGAGACCAAGAAGGCGAUGAUCAACUACAUCCGGAGAGCGAAGCAGGAGAUUUUGGCCUGGACGAAGAAGUACUUCAAGUGCCCGCUAUGCGAAAGGCGGAAGAAGCCUGGCUCCCAACGACUUGGGCAUCUGGCAAGAGCCAUGGGCUUCAACGAGUGCAUAGGCGUGGACCUAUUCUUCAUCAAGGAAAGGGUCUUCCUGAACGUGGUUUGCCUCGGCACGAGUCUGCAGAUCGUGGAGAUGAUCAAUGAUAAGACCUCCGAGCAAGUCACCGCAGCCUUGCUGAGGACGUGGUUCGCCCACUAUGGGGCUCCGAGAAUGUUGAUAUGUGAUCAAGGCGGUGAAUUUGUCGGGAGCAAGUUCGCUGACACCCUCACCGACUUGGGCGUCAUUGUGCACUACACAGAUGUGGCGAGUCCUUGGCAAAACGGGCGUGUGGAGCGUUUUGGGGGCUCUUUCAAGAGCACGCUGGAGACGGUGAUACACGAGCUGACCAUCCAGACCGAGGAGGAGAUGCAGAUGGCAGUAGCUGCUACGCAAGUGGCGCGGAGCCGCUACUAUGACCGGUCGGGGUUCAGCCCGUAUCAACGAGUGUUCGGCUACAACCCAAGGCUCCCCGCAGCUUUGCUUUCAGACGACUACCUGGACCGCGAACUGCAUCUGAGCCAAGAAGAUACUAUGGCGAGGUCUCGAGAGAUACGGGAUGCGGCAGCUCGAGCUUGGAUGAGAGCUCAGGACAACAAUGCUGUCCGACGAGCUGAUAAGGCCAACACGCGCAUGACCGACCUCAAGGACUUCAAGCCCAACGAGACAGUUUACGUGUGGCGAGAGAACAACAACUUUCGUGGCUGGUCUGGACCUGGAGUUGUGGUGGCAAUCAGCGAAAACAAUCGUUCGCUGUGGGUGUCUCUCCGCGGAUAUCUUCUCAAAGUGUCCAAGGAACACCUCAGGCACGCGACUUCAGAAGAAAAUCUCGGUGUGGAGCUGGUCAAGGUUCUCAGUGCUGAGAUGCUGGAAGGUUUGGAGUCUGGCAACAUCAGACACUACCGCGAUCUGGAAGAGGACGACGUUUGCCCCCGAAUCGAGAAGAAGUUGAUGAGGAUAUUACCGAACUUUUCGGUGGCGAGGAAGGUGAGAUGGCAGAUCAGCAGAAUCCCAUGGAAGUGGAUCAGCCUCACGAUCAACCACAACCCCAUGAACUACCAGCACUGGAAGUGGCAAGCACAGCGGCACCUUCGGUCAAACACCACGCUCUUCGAAGUCUACGACCAGAACAUGGAGACACAGGAUGGGGCCAAAUGGUGUGAAGAUCGGAUUCGCGGCGUCUGGUACAUGAAGGCCAAGUCAUCACAUGCCUUCAAGUUGGAAGAUUCCGUGUGCUUCUUCAGCAACAAGGACAAGCGUUUCUACUUGGCCAAAGCGAAGGAAUCGCCUGGACAGGUGGAAUUUGCCAAGUUGCCGAACAGCGAAAAGCAAACGUUUCGACAAGCCAGAGCCAAGGAGUUCAAAUCUCUGACCGACAGUGGCGCGAUCACGGUGCUGUCAAUCGAGGAGAGCUUAGCCUUCACUCAAGCACAUCCUGAACACGUUCUCACGUCAAGGUUCGUGGAUCGAUGGAAGCCAACCGAGGACUUUGCAGUGUUGCCCGAAGACUUCAAUGCAGCAGAUGUGGGUUCGGGACACACUACCUCGGUGGCCCCCAAGUCGCGAUGGUGCGUGGUUGGUUGGAAAGAUCCGAUGGUACAUCAGAUCGAACGCUCAGCUCCCACCCCGAUGACUUCGAGCAUGUAUCUCUUCAUGGCCUUGACCGCAGGAAGGCAAUGGAGCGCUUUCGUCAAAGACGCCAAGACGGCGUUCCUCCAGUCGAAGCCCACUACGCGCAAGCAGAAGCUCGCGGUGAAGCAACCCUCGGAUGAGGCACUGCCCGGACUAGACUCUAGGACCGGCGUGGUGGAGAAGGGAUACAGGGUCAAUGCCUACGACAGGUGUGUGCUGACUUUGGACAACAAGUCAGGCAUUCCUGGACAUCCGACCGAAGGAAUCAUCGUGGUGGAGGUGGACGACAUUUUGGAGUCCGGAAACGAGCGACACCGCGAGAAGAUGGCCUGGCUUGAGAAGAAGUUGAAGUUCGGCAAGAUCAUCAACCUUCAAGAACAUCCAGAAGGCACUGGUUACGCAGGUCGCAGGAUCAUGCAAGGCCCAGAUGGUUCUUUUCAGUAUACCAUGGCGGAUUACAUCAAGAACAGGUUGAAGUAUGUUCGGGUGGAACGCAAGUAUUUGAAGAAGGACGCUUCAACCACUUGCCUAAAGGAGGACGAGAUUCAACAGUUGCGAGGAGUGGUUGCAGCCAUCAACUGGAUAGUGCUGAAGGUACAUCACAUCCCCGAAGAACAGGUUCGGCACCUGGUGAUUUCGGACGCUUCCUAUGACCCCACGGGCAAGGUCAAACCUCAGCAUGGAUGGAUUCAAGCGAUUACAACACCGCAGUUGAACCGUGGUGAAGUUGCUCCGGUAAGCUUGAUGAGCUGGAAAUCGAGGCGACUUCGUCGGAAAGCAGGCAACACGCUGCUUUGCGAAUCUAUAGCGCUCUCAACAGCUUUGGGUGCGAUGGAGAAACAGGUGGCGGUGUGGCAAAGCUUUUGCAAGUCCAAGUACGAUCCUCGGGAAACAGCUGUGGAGGUGUGGAUUCCGCACAACUUCAACCCUGCAGAUGCUCUCACGAAGCUCAAGGCUCACAUGGAGCCGAUGAUGAAGUUGCUAAAGAGCAACAGCCUCGUGAUCGAGGAAGAAGAUGAAGUCUUGAACCGCGGCAGACAAGGCGAGCAUCGCCUGAAGUCGCGGGCAUAA